AUGCUAAAGAUUCUCUCAGGAGCCAUGGCAAACAAGAAUACUCAAGCUAAGAAGGCCAAUCUUCCUCCAAUACUUCCCGAGCCACCUUCAUUUGUCGAAGAACACGAGUCGCUCUAUUGGUUAGAAGGUACACAAUCCUUGCAAAUAACCAUCGCAUACAACGAAGACAACACACAGGAAGAGACUGCUACUUAUAUGGCUAUCUUGACUGACCGUGUAGUUGGAUAUGGUCCAUGGGCAGCUAAAAUCGACCUUCUUAUCCACCCACGAAUCAUUCGCCGCUGGGAAAGCCCUAGCAUAUACACGCAACAUGUUUCUGAGAUGAUGUCUUUAGUCGACAAAAUCAACGACUCCUUCACUAAUCUUAGCCAUAUCAAUGUCCGACUCGAGUUAGACUUUUCCAACUUCCAGCAAAUUAAAUUAGCAGCUUGCUUCUUAGCUUUCAAGGUGCACUGGAGUUUGAGCUACUACGUUGAAGACAGACCUGUUCUUUUCGGAAUCAACACAGAAGGCUACCUCAUGAGGCGCCUGCGUGGUGUCUACCACAGAGAUUGUAGGGUAUAA